AUGUUAUUCUUCCUUCUUCUUGAGAAAAAUGUUUCGUAUCCGAAAGAUAUAUCAGUUAGUUUGGAAUCAACUGUUGAUAACGUACCGGAAGGAACUGAAAGAUUCAAAGUGAAACGAAAUAUUAAAUUAAUAAAUUCGUUUGCUUUCAAAAAUUGCAAAGAUUCACUAAUCUCCGUAGAUUUUUCUUCAGCAACUAUGCUUACGCGCAUCCAGCCAUUUGCUUUUGCAGGUUGUUAUAAACUUGAUGCUCUCGAUUUCAGUUAUUGCAAUCAGCUUUGGAUCAUUCAAAACUCUGCUUUCAAAGAUUCAGGUGUUAGUAGAUUAUCAUUACCACCAAACAUUAAAGUUCUCGGAAAUUAUUCUUUUUCAAAUUGUUUAUUCAGCUACAUUAUGAUUCCAGGAUCUGUUUAUCUUAUUGGAAAGGGUGCAUUUUACAAUACUCCCAUAAAUACCCUUUAUUUAACGAAAGAUGGCGAUCUUUCUAUCAUCCAAUCAAAAGCAUUCGCAAAUACGAAUAUAACAGUAUUUUCCAUACCGAAGAGAGUCUCUAAAAUCGGUAAACGUGCCUUUGAAAACGUUCCAUUAGCUUCAUUUUCAGUUGAACCAACAAAUCCAUACUUUGUAUUUGAGAACGGACUUUACUCUAUUACAAAGGAAAGGAUUUUGUUUGUUCCGCCUUUUAUUGAUGGCGUUUUUCAAAUAAAUCCACGUACAUCUAUAAUAGAGCCAUAUGCAAUGGCCAACACCAAUAUUUCUACCAUUAAUUUGACUUGUAUCAAAAAGAUUUGCGAUCACGCAUUCAUGAAUUCCAAAAUCCAGAAAAUUUCGAUUCCAAAAAAUGUAAAAUACGUAGGAGACUACGCAUUUUUCAACUGUACACUGCUUGGUAGUCUCAAAGCUAAGAGUAUUUUUACAGUUUUUGGAGAAAAUUCUUUCAAAAAUUCAGGAAUUGUCUGCACCGUUAAAGCAGACCCGAUGUUGAUCCGCCCACUAACUAAAGCUGGCGUUCCUCUUACUGCUUUUAUGAAAUGCCCUGGCGAAACUGUUAAAAUGUACAAAAAGUAG